AUGGAGGCCUUACUGCAUUCUUAUUUAUUAUUGGCUGCUUCGCCAGAAGAGCUAGCUCAGGACACAUAUUUGAAUUGCGAGCAAAAAAAUCAGUAUUAUAAUAUAACCGCCGCCAUUUUGAGUGGCAAUUCAUACACUGUUCUUCAAGAGCUUGAUCAGCAUGCAAGUAUCCCUUCAGAAAUUAAUGAAAGUAGUAUAAUUAACAGUCUGUCUAAGCUAGCAGAUGAAUUAGUAAUCCAGGAUAACAAACUGAGUUUAUUAUUCUCAAUAGCAUCACUACAAACUUUCAUUCAAAAUAACUACACGGGUCCAUCAACCCCAAUUAAUUCUUUGGAAAUUUUGUUUGAUAUAGAAUCAAAUGAUGCAAAGAUAAAGUCUUUGUUAAAUGAGACUCUUGUGUCCUCCUUGACUGUAGCAGGUCAAACUUCUUAUGGAUUAGUUGAUCACCCAGUCUUAUUAAUCUUUUCUUUAUUAUUACUCGAAAGAUUGACCAACCAACAAACAUUAUUCAACACAGUUUUGGAUGAUACCCCAAUUCCAACUAUUUCUAAGGAUAAAGAUAAUUAUUUGUUGAAUAUAGCCCAUUGGUGGAGAGCGAGAGCCUUAAUGACGCAUAUAUCUCUGUUGGCAGAACCUUCAGGUCAUCAACCUUCAAUCGCAGCUUCUAUAUUGGAAUCGAUUGAUUUAGUUCAUUCAAUUUCAUCCAGUUUACCAACUGAUACCCCAGAAAAUUUAAAGAAAAAAUUAUAUGUUAUUUAUUAUUUAGAAAACACAAAGUGCUCUUUGAUCAUUAAUACCGAGCAUUUAUGCUUACCAUCUUUGAUUAAAGUUAAGAAAUUAACUAACUUUAAAUUUGUAUUAACUGGUGCUCGUGCAAAAAGAACUAAGUUUCAGCAAACUGCCCACUCAGGCUUAAUUAUCUUGGCUGAAUCAUUUGAAAAUAUGGCAAAAAAGAGCAAUAUAACUGAUUCUAAUACAGUUGAACAAACUCCAGAGAAUUUUGACUUAAACUCAGACCUUCUUUUAGAAAAACCAUUUUUCGAGUCAAUUGGUUCUGAACCAUUGGAUGAACAAAUUGUGAAAAAACAAAAGGCUAAUAUAAGUGGUGACGAAGGUUUGCUAGAUGAUAAAAUUCUUCCUUUAGCAAUUCGUCAAGAAAAUAUUCCAAGAGAGUUGCAAGUUCUAGACCCAAAUAAUCAGCCCAAGCUAUCUGAUUAUGAUGAAAUUCAAUUAUUAUUGAGAUUAUAUACUAUUAGACAAACAACACCUGCAAAGGAUCCUUUAGUUGAAGAAGAAUUAAGUGCCAUUGUUUCCAGAAUUUUAUAUCAAAAUGGCUCUAAGAAUUGGACUAUUUUUUCAAGAUCAUUAUGGGAAAGAUCUAUUAUUGAAACUGCAAAAGCUAAAACUAUUGAAAGAGGUCUAUUACAAAUGCAAUCUUUAGUUGAAGAAUUGGGUUUAAAAAUAUCAACUAGGUUAGUGCCACAAAAUGUAGAUGAAACAGGUUCUUCGGAAGUUAGAAUGAAAUAUAUUCAUCAACUUCCAUUCCUCGCCCGGUGGGAUCUUGAUGCUAUGUUAGCUGAAAAGUAUAUGUCAUUAGGUGUUUUAAGAUCUGCGGUCGAAAUAUACGAAAGGCUAGAAAUGGCAUGCGAAGCAGCAUUAUGUUAUGCAGCAGUAGGAGAAGAAAGCCAAGCUGAACAAAUCUUACUGAAAAGAAUUAAGAAUCAUCCAAGGGAUGCAAGAGCAUACUCUAUUCUUGGUGAUAUUAAACAAGAUCCUGCUUUAUGGGAAAAAGCUUGGGAAAUCGGCAAGUAUGUGAAUGCUAAAAAUUCAUUAGGUAGAUACUACUAUAAGCCACCAAAAAAUAGUGGAGUAACUCAAGAUUUUUCUUUGGCAUUAAAACAUUUGAAUGACUCGUUGAGACAAUACACAUUAAAUUUUGAGACCUGGUAUUUUUAUGGAUGUAUAGGAUUGGAGUGUGGUAAAAUGCAACUUGCUGCAGAAGCAUUUUCUAGAUGUGUUUCUCUAGAUGAUACUAAUGCGAUGGCAUGGUCAAACUUAAGUGCAGCCUACGUUAAUCAAGGUAAGUUAAAAGAGGCAUUCAGUUGUCUAAAUAGAGCAACCAGAACUGAUUCACAAAAGAAUUGGAGAAUCUGGGAGAAUUAUAUGAUAGUGGCAUUUAAAUUACGCGAAUGGGAUGAAGUGUUACUUUCAUGUAAAAAAUUAAUUGAUAUAAACAAAGAUCGUGCUGGUGAAGGUGCUAUAGAUCUACCUAUUGUUGAAAAAUUAGUUGAAAUUCUUGUGAGCAGCGAUUAUCCAAAAGAUGAUGAAACAAAAUUAACAUACUUUCAAAAGUCAUGCAUUGAUUUUAUAUGCAAUCAAUUACCUGCGGUUAUCACAAAUAACGGUAGAAUCUGGAGAGUAAUUAGUAAAGUUGAACUUUGGAGAAAUAAACCUUGGAAUGCCUUGGACUGUUAUGAAAAAGCCUUUAGAGCUCAAUCACAUAAUCCUGAUUUAGAAAUUAAUGAAGAUGUUUGGAACGACACAAUUGACUCAUGCGAAGAAUUAAUAGCAGCAUACGAAUCAUUAGGUGAAAGAGAAGGGCGUCAUGGUAAGGGUAGUUUUGUUUGCAAAGAUUGGAAGUACAAGUCAAGAUCAACUAUCAAAUCUUUGAUGAGUCGUGGUAAAAAUAACUGGGAUGGCACAGAAGGCUGGGAAAGAUUAGUCGAAAUGAGAUCUCAAAUUUAG